AUGGCACUUGCUUUUCGUCAUUUACUUCUUAUACGUUUAUGCUUAAGAGAUAUGUAUCACUUGAUUGAUCUUCUUUGUUAUAGUGGUCGUUCGUCAUUUCGUGUUUUCUCUCAUUUUCUUCUGUUCUUAGCUACUGUAAUAUUCAUGUGUAUUUGGAUAGGUAUUAUACUCUAUGUAACCGAUGCAAGUGCCAUGACAAAUUAUUCAAUUGAUCAUCGUACAUCUCUAGCUCCAUCACGUUAUAUAUAUUUCGUUUAUCAUAUAUUAUUAAAUGUUGGAUAUGGUGAUACAGUAGAACAAUCAAUUUUGUCUUUUAUUAUGAUCAUUAUUAUGACACUUGUUGCAUGUCCACUGUUGAUUAUUAUCUAUCAAAAUUUAAUACAAGAAUUGAAUAUUGUUAAAACAAAGAUGAGUCAUGUUGAAACAUUUCAUCGUACAUCGUUCAUCAAUCGUUUAAGAACAAAAAUAAAUAGUUAUCAUAAAUCGAUUGUAAAUUAG